AUGGCUGAGCACGAAACAUCGCUCUCCAAAAGAAACGGCACGGACGAAGCGGAGUUGGGCGAAAACAGGAUGCACGAGGUCAAAAUAAGGUUGAGCGCGGCUGGCAUCCUGGACCCACCCCAGCCUGUCAUGCCAGAUGCGGAACGCUGCCCAAAUUUAGUCCCAAACAACACCGAUCUACCGGGACGAUGCCUGCCACAAACUUCCAACUGCCUCUUCCGUUCCUCAUCCUUCAAGCACAGUACGGCCACUAUCAGCGGCCCCAUCAUGAAUACCAAUUACUCCGUCGCCUGCGCCCAUAUACCGGUUGAGCAAAAGUCCGACUGUUCAAUUCGCUCCAAGAAGUCCGUUCGCAGCGUCGUCAUCCAGCCAGCUCGCAAGGCUCUUGUACGAAUCUACCACGCCUUGCUGACGGGACUUGUCAACUCUGCGCCAAUGCCGUUGCCAUCGGGCGGCGAAAUCGCCAAUGGGUCGGCAAUGUCGACCUCUCGACCGUCAGCGGACAGCAUGUCGCCAUCGGAGGCCAUCCACCCAGCCUUCCGCAAGAGACAGAGCAAUGAAUGGAGCGACGACGACCUGAAGGCUCAACAUCGCCUUGCGCGCUUCUUUCCCCAAUACGAUCCCGCGAUGGAUGGUUACAAGAGCCUUCCAUCCGAAGUGGCCGUCAAGCUGGCUGAAGUCGACAAGCGCUUCUCGAUGGAGAGUCAGCGGAGUGCUGAAGAACGACGAAGCUUUGACUUGAAUGCGGAGAGACUCGACAUCUCCGAGAUAUUCAAGCAGAAGAGGCGGGACUCUGGACUUUCGAUUGAUACUGUGGAGGAAGUUCAAGUCGCAAAGGCUGUGCCAUUGCGACGGGCUGUGAGGAAGAGCUUCUAUCCUCCGCCGAGGCCGAUCUCGAAGUAG